GUGGUGACCCAGGCCGAGAGUGGUAGACUGGACCCUUUCGACUCUAGAGGCCGGAGUCGGGGACGAGGGGUUGGACCCUGGCAGCAAGAGUUCGUUCUCCCUGAAGCUUCGGAGGAUCCUGGUUCGUCUGGGACUCUGGGGGAUCACAGUGAGGACGGAGGUGGUGCAGUCAGAGAGGCCACAGCCACCCGUACUUUAUACGCUGCGUGAGAGCAAGGAUCCCCGUAAAGGGUGGGCAGGAUGCGGAGAGCAGCGUUUCCUGGAGGCCUAGCCUAGGAGUCUGGACCCUUGGCUACUUGGCGACCUUGCUGUUUUUAGAAGGAAGAUGGAAAGUGGCACAGUUUUGCUGGAAUCCAAAUCUUCACCAUUGAACCUUCUUCAUGAGAUGCAUGAGCUCCGACUUCUGGGCCAUCUUUGUGACGUCACAGUCAGUGUAAAGUAUCAGGGUGUCUGUGAAGACUUCAUGGCCCAUAAAGCAGUGCUGGCAGCCACUAGCAAGUUUUUUAAGGAAGUCUUCCUGAAUGAGAAGAGUGUAGAUGGUACCAGGACUAAUGUCUGUUUAAAUGAAGUUCAGGUUGUUGACUUUGCUUCCUUUCUGGAGUUUGUCUAUACUGCCAGGGUGCAGGUAGAGGAAGGUCGGGUGCAGCGGAUGCUAGAAGUGGCUGAAAAGCUAAAGUGUUUGGACCUGUCCGAAACAUGCUUUCAGCUGAAGAAGCAGAUGCUGCAGUCAGUCCUUUUGGAAUCGCAGAAUUUCUCUGAGUCUCAGGAGGUGGAGGCCAGCAGUGGCCCCCAGGUGAGUGUGACCCCCAGCUCCAAAACGAGCGUACCAGGGGAGGAGGCUCACUCCAGUGGCCUUGUAGAUACCUCUGACUAUCCAAUAGAGAGAUUUGAUAAUGACCUAUUGCCAGAAAUGCCAUCCAGGAAGUGCAAGGAGAAACUGGACAAGAAGAAAGAUGUGGCUAAGCCUCCCUACCCUAAAAUCAGAAGACCUAGUGGGAGGCUGGCUGGAAGGAAGGUGUUUGUGGAAAUCCCUAAAAAGAAAUAUACACGAAGGCUCCGAGAACAGCAGAAGAGCGCAGAGGAAGCUGCAGAGAAUGACAGGUGUCCCCAGAGCCAAAGCCCAGACACUGAAAGGAUGGAGACAGAGCCAGCUUCCAAAAGUGAGGCUUGCCCUAGUGACGUGAAACUGGAGGAAAGCCAGCAGAAAGUGGAGGGCGAGAAGGAAGAGGAAGAAGGGAAGGAUGGAGAGAAGAGGAGUAACUUCCAGUGCACAGUGUGUGAGAAGACCUUCCUGUAUGAGAAGAGUUAUCUGAAACAUAUCAGGCACCACCAUGGUGUGGCCACGGAGGUAGUGUACCGAUGCGACACCUGUGGCCAGACCUUCGCCAAUCGCUGCAACCUGAAAAGCCACCAGCGCCACGUGCACAGCAGCGAGCGCCACUUCCCGUGUGAGAUGUGUGCAAAGACAUUCAAGCGUAAGAAGGACGUGAAACGGCACGUGCUGCAGGUGCAUGAGGGUGGUGGCGAGCGGCACCGAUGCGGCCAGUGUGGCAAGGGCCUGAGCUCCAAGACUUCUCUGCGGAUGCAUGAGCGCACACACACCGGCGACAGGCCCUAUGGCUGCACCAAGUGUGAAGCUAAGUUCUCCCAGCCCUCAGCACUCAAGACCCACAUGAGAAUUCAUACAGGGGAAAGACCUUUUGUCUGUGAUGAGUGUGGUGCAAGAUUCACUCAGAACCACAUGCUGAUUUAUCAUAAAAGGUGCCACACAGGUGAAAGGCCUUUUAUGUGUGAGACAUGUGGCAAGAGUUUUGCUUCUAAGGAGUACUUGAAACACCAUAAUAGAAUCCACACUGGAUCUAAACCCUUUAAAUGUGAAGUGUGCUUGCGGACCUUUGCCCAGCGGAAUUCCCUUUACCAGCAUGCUAAAAUCCACACAGGAGAGCGGCCUUAUUGUUGUGACCAGUGUGGGAAGCAGUUUACCCAGGUGAAUGCCCUCCAGCGCCACCAUCGCAUCCACACGGGAGAGAAACCCUUCAUGUGCAAUGCAUGCGGACGGACAUUUACUGACAAGUCCACUCUCCGGAGGCACACCUCAAUACAUGAUAAGAAUACACCGUGGAAGUCUUUCCUUGUCAUUGUUGAUGGCUCACCGAAGAAUGAUGAAGGACAGACAGAACAACCCGAUGAUGAAUAUGCAUCGCCCAAAUUUUCAGAUAGAUUGCUAUCUUUUGGUGAAAAUAGCCAUUUUAACAACCUAUUGGAAGUACAAAGCAAUGUGCCUGCCAUGCAGGAGAAUAGUUCUACAGACACUGCUUGCAAAGCAGUGGUGUCUCAGGAUGCUCUGCUCACCACCAGCAUCAGUGAGCUUGGUGAGCUGACUCCACAGCCAGGCUCAAUGACUGCACACCUUCCCUCAUUGACCAACAUGGAGUGAGAGCUUCAAGCUGUGUGCUGAGCAGUCUGUGUGAUUGCUGUAUUCUGGGUGAUGCCAGGGGCUGAGAAAAAAGUUGUCUGUGGGAAGAUACAGGCAAGACUGGCCUUGAAUAUUUCCCCAAACUUCCGUGACCUUGCACGUCCGUUUCACACUUAAAGCUUUUCCAUAAACAUUUUGAUCUGCAUGAUCUCAGCUAUAUUUCAUCAACAAACAUGGCAGUUAGCACAACUCACUUAGCCCUGGCGUAGCUGUACAUGCCAAUCACACUUAUGCUUGAUUCUCUUGAUGUCUAAACCACUGCUUGUCUUAAUCACAGAGUACACAGCCUUGACCCAACUUAGGAAAGUGCUGUCCGCAGUCUCUUGGUCUCGCCCUGCCUUAUACUUCCAUGUAUAUUUACUUCACUCUGAUCCUUUUAGGGAAUUUUCCUACAAAGUUAAAGUAAAACUGGGCUGUAUUUCAGCUGUUUCUUCCUUACUGAGAUGAAAGCAAAUAAGAUUGUUCUGGGGACACUAAGAUGGAACUGAAGAUUGCUUUUGUUCCUCCCCAAUCCCCUAUUUGUAUGCACAAAAAGGAAUGACAGAUUGAAUAUUUUCAGUGUAGUACCUCUGAAUAUUUUCAGUGUAGUACCUCACCAUGUGUGCAGGCAGGGAGUCUGUCAUAAAAUCCAAUCUGGGAUGAGAUGUGGCUGUUCAACUUCAUUCCCUAAAUCAGAUUAAAUCGAAGCUGUCCUACCAAAGAAUCUAGCAAAACAGUUGUCUCGUUUGCAGAGGUGUGAGAAAUAAAGAGGAGGCAUCAGAGCGUUUUGACUAGUCACAUUUUCACAACCAGCAUGUUGAGUGAGCCUGACAAAUCUCAAGUACUUCUGCCAGACUUUCUAUAAUGUUCAGAGUCCCCAAGGCACCAUUUCCACAGUGCAAGGUGACACAGACUAGUACUUGUUACAAAUUCACUUCUUUAGAAGCAUGUAAGAAUCUAGAGCAGUGGUUUUCAAACUGGGUAGUGACUCCUUUGAGGGUCAAAGGACCCUUCCAUGGGUUUGCAUAUUAUAUUUACAUUACAAUUCAGAAUAGCAUAAUUACUGUUGUUUAAGUAGCAGCAAAAGUUAACUUUAGGGUUGGUGGUCACCAAAACAUGAGGAACUGUAUUAAAGGGUCUCAGCAUUAGGAAGGUUGAGAACCACUAAUCUAGAGGGUACCAGAAGCCUUGGCUUGUUCAAUUUCUAUGCCUUAACAAGUGGAGAAAGAACCAGAAACGUCUCAAAUGUUCCUUUGGCUUUCUCAUGAAUUUAAUUAUUGCUCAACAAACUUCACUACAGGAAAUGCAUUUUGUGACAUUUGCUAUUCCUGAUAUGGUUGUAGGGCCUUGGAUAUGUGACCUUUGGCCACCUGUGACCCUUAAGCAUUAAUUUUUUUUGUUUGUUUGUUUUUCGAGACAGGGUUUCUCUGUGGCUUUGGAGGCUGUCCUGGAACUCACUUUGUAGACUAGGCUGGCCUCGAACUCACAGAGAUCUGCCUGCCUCUGCCUCCCGAGUGCUGGGAUUAAAGGCGUGCGCCACCAACGCCCGGCUCUUAAGCAUUAAUUUUAAGAGCGCCUUAAUGGGAGAAUUAUUCUGCUUUGAACUUACUAAGCUUGCUGUGAGAACACUGGUUUCUAAGAGGAAGGUACCUUAAGUUCAGAGUGAAGAAGACAGAGCAUAUGAUAGAAACUAAGGGUUCUUCCCCAAUGCUAACUUGUGGUAACACCUUCAAGAAGCUGUUGAAGCCACCAAAAGGUGUUCCAGGAAGUUGUAAUAUUUCAAACUUGCUCUUGAAGGUUCAGGGCUGAAUUAUCUCAUAUUCAGUUAUGACCUGGCUAUCCUAGUUGUGUUUACAGACAAAAACAAAAGACUAGUGACUGGCACAUGACCAUUUUAACUGGUAAGAGCAAACCUGCCCAGCUGAUAAACUUAUGGAAUAAAGUCAUCUUGAUGAGAAGGAAUUUAAACAAUAGAUUAUUUUGUUACCUAUUGAAGAACUGACUUGAAUUUGUUUCUUUAGAAGUUCUAAAUAAAAUUGUUUAAUGUGUUAAUAAA